CUGAGAAUACUUUUCUCGUUGGCCGUCGGAAAACGUCUGAUCUAAGGUUAUUCGAAUAUUUAAUUAUUUUUAAACUUUCUGUUAAAAGUCUAAUGAAAUGUCGUCGUCGUGUUAUCAACAACUAAUCGUCAAGCAGAGCUCUUCGUUUUAUGACCUUUCGAGUAACACUUCAAUUCGACCUCGUUUAUGAGUAUCUGUAAAAUAGUCUAUUUCACAAUAGCCUGUAAUAUUAUUAUUAUAACAGCAGCACCUUUUAGUAUAAUUCACCCGCCAGUGUUGUAACAAUGAAAAUUCAAAUGAACAUGCACAUACGCAAGAUUUUCACCAGUGUUCGACUACAGAAAAAGCCGUCUAUAUUGUACGAUGAACGAGUAAGCAACAACGAGCUCAUCGACGACAGUCACCAAAGGAAAAUCUUAAGAAAAUUGGAUGCCGUGUAUGAAUCGUUAGAAGGUUAUUCGCCGCCAUCGCGUAAUAUAGUUUCUAAGUUGUUUGGUCGUUCAAAAGCGCCCCCCAACGGACUAUACAUGCACGGAUCGGUCGGCUGUGGCAAAACCAUGUUAAUGGACCUGUUUUUUUCCGGCUGCGUUGUAACAAAAAAACGAAGAGUACACUUCGACGAGUUCAUGUUGGACGUUCACGAUAAAAUUCAUAAGUUACGGCUGAGCAGUAAAGAAAAUUUUGACUCUAUACCAAUGGUGGCCGACAUUAUAUUGGAACAGUCUUGGCUUCUUUGUUUCGAUGAAUUUCAGGUGACCGACAUAGCCAACGCGAUGAUUCUGAAACGGUUGUUUACCGAAUUAUUCAAAAGGGGCAUUGUCAUGAUAGCGACUAGUAAUCGAAAACCUGACGAUUUGUAUAAAAAUGGAUUGCAACGGUUUUUAUUCUUGCCUUUUAUACCCGUUUUGAAACAACACAGCGUAGUCGUUAAUCUGGAUUCGGGUAUUGACUACAGAACUCUGAAAUCGAAAAGCGGAACAAAAUCUUAUUUUGUAAAAAACGUUGACAACAAAGAAGACUUUGAGAAUGCUAUUAAACGAUUGACGAAUAACGAAAAUGACACCGUUCGGCCGAGAACAUUGGUGAUUAUGCAGAGAAAUUUGACUUUCCAACGGGUUUGUGGACAAAUAUUAGAUGCUACGUUCGAUGAACUUUGCGAUCGGCCCUUAGGUGCUGUCGAUUAUUUGUAUUUAUCGCAAAUGUUUCACACGAUUGCAAUUAGAGAUAUCCCUCAAUUAGACCUGGAUUCGUUAUCGCCGAUGCGACGUUUCAUUACGCUCGUAGAUACACUAUACGACAAUAAAGUCUGUGUUAUACUGUAUGCCGAUAAGCCGAUCAACGAGUUAUUCGUAGCUAGAAAAACGGGCGGCUUGGGAGACGAUCAAAAGGUUCUUAUGGACGACCUGAAUUUGGAUCCUGAUUCGGUCGAUGCAAAAGCAAAUGUUUUUACUGGCGACGAAGAAAUAUUUGCAUUCGAUCGUACAGUAUCGAGACUCACGGAAAUGCAGUCGGACGUGUAUUGGAAAAACAGUAGAUCGAAAGUUUAAUGAACUACUCGUAUGUUGUACACUGUGUUACCGUGGUGGUAUUUACCUAAAUUGUUUGAAUGUACUUAAUUUUUAAUUUAUAAGGUCGAUGGUGAGAAAAUGGUUUUAUCAGGUCUUAAACAGAUAAAACAUAAAACUUUAACGAAGCAAUAAUUAAUCGGAUAAUGUAAAAAUUACUUGUUGUUAUUGUUAACUAUUUUUUUGGUUAUUUAUUUAUUUAUUUUUUUGAAAAAAAAAUAUUAAAACAUUGUAUACUUGCAAAA